GGAAUACUUAAGGAAACGAGAAGAAGAAGGUACGAAAAUACUGAGCAGAAGAGAGAGAGAGAAGAGGAUCGAAUUGGCGAAGACGAACUCUGUAGAGGUAGAGGCCGGUGCGCGAGGAAAGCUGGCAGUUUGGAGCCGAGAGAAAUGAACGAAGUAUAUAAGAAGGAAGCUCGGGGGAAGAGAAGCUAAACGUGGUAGGAGCUAAGAGCCGGAUCAUCUAAGAGCCAGAUAGAGGAAUCAGAAAGAACAGGCGGAACGUGCUGGAGACAGGAGGAAAGAGAGAAGAAGAAGAGAGAGAGAGAGAAGCGAGAUGAAAGGAGAGGGUUAAAAGUGGAGGAGCGGAGGGACGAAGACAAUCUGGAAAGCCAACGCGAUAAUGUCUGGAGGGGAUGAAUCGAGCGCGAGGAGGAAGAAGACCGAACGCCGUCCGACUAAAAAGGACAAGCGAACACAGGGGCAGCGUACUGGAUCAUCGGACGAAGCGGUUAGAGGAGCCAGAAGUAAAACGGAGAACGUUCCGUCCAGGUGGAAGGAAGAAGAGAUGGUGGUGGUCGGCGAAGGGAGAGAGAAGGAGAAGGAGAAAGAGAGAGAGAGAGAGAAAGAGAGAAGGUAUAAACGGAAUAAACACGAAGAGACCACGGGGAGACCGGAGGUCUGCGACUGCGGGUGCGAGUAGAGGAGGAGGAGGAGGCGGAGGGGGGAUAUAGGCGAUACGGCGAGAUCCGAGGUGGAAGAGGAACAGAGAGGGUCGGGAAAGGUGUUGGAACGGGAGUAGGAAGGAUAAGUUGGGCAGAAGAGGGGAAAGCGAGUUGUGGGUUGCCUAUCAGCACUUGGUUGCACGGAGUGGUGGAAGGUUGGGCGGUUACAGGUUGGCAAGUUCUCGUGGCAGCCGGCAGAUGUCGAGUGGUCGCGCCCCUAGACAGGGUCUUCACCCCUGAAAAGGUCAGCUCAGGGGCGUAGCGGUCGUGGAAUCGACGCCCAGAAACGCCCAUCGUCGACCCUCCCGCCGCUUCCUCGCCGCAGACGCUUCGCGGCAACCAACUGGACAACCAGCCCGGCCUGGAUCCACAGCGUCGCACAACGGUUCCGUUGAAACCCGCGUCUACCAGCGCCGUACACAAGGAACACAGAACUCUUCUCCACGUUUCGUCGUCGGCCGUCAUCUCGUCGAGCGCCGUGUCUCUCCUCGCCCCGAUUAUUAUUAUUCGUCGCCCUCGCCACGUUGACGAGCCCCUGGCCUCGGGGCUCCCGCCUCGGUUUACCUCCUCGUUCCAACGGUGCGGCGUUUGGUGCGCGUUCUGCUCGUUCCGUUCGAUCUCCACGCUCUUUCCACGUUCGACCUGGUUUCGAGGGGCCAUCCGGGUUGAAGGAGGGGCGCGAAAGUGAGAGUGCGAUGGAUUAUGGACGUAUCGAGAGGAGUUCAAGGCGGUACGACAGGUCAGUGAUGCCUAGGGACCUCGGCGAGGACGAUACCACGGCUCGUACUCGGUUCGGCUGCCGGUCCAAGUAACGAACUGGCGCGGUGGAUGAGGCACGAGUGGACCGGUUCUUAGUGCGUAGCCCGCUCGAACAGGUAGUUUCGCGAUGAAGAUGGGAGAUAAAUACGAAACUCAUCGUGGCAACCCGUCAUGAACUGGGCUGAACAGUGUCCGUCGGCAAGAUACGCUUACGGGGGAAGAGUACGGUUAGAGUGAUCGGGCCAGCAACAGAGUAACUGAGGCGCGUGUGAAAUAUUUCCAAGUUUCCGGCGAGAAAAGGAAAAGUGCGUAGAAUUGUACAUUGCGAUACUAUGCGAUUGACGAGGUACAGGGAAGGAUCCCGAGUUAAUGAUCCAUUCCGGACGGCCGAUGAAAGGACAGGUGUCCCGUGCGAAAAUGACGAUCCCUCCUGGAAGCGUGCAACGGACGGAAUCCGUUAGGUAGGUACUCGAAACUUGUCCCGGACUUGUCACACCGACAAGCGGAACGAAGGAUAAAACGGGAAGAGACGGGAAAGAAGAGUCCUCGACCUCGUCGUCAUGGGAGGAUCAAGAAAGUCGAGCGAAGCUUAACUUCCUCUCCUCCUUCUUCUUCUUCUUCUUCUCUUUCUUCUUCUUCUGCUUCUUCUUCUUUCCGAUCGACUCGACGAGGUGCGCAACGGAGAAAUUAUUCGGUUCCGAGAGAGAGAGAGAGAGAGAGGAGGAAGGGAAAAGAGCAAAAAUAAAAGGAGAAACUAAAGAAACACGUGGAAACAUGUCGAAUACGCCACCCGAAGGAUCGACCGGUUUAGAUUCGAACGAUCUCCACCACGAGAUCAGGCAGAAUCACCUGGCGACACGGUUGGAACUCGACGACUCUGAGAAGCGCGAUCAGAUACGAGGAAGUGACGCAGGCAACAACCCUGACAGCGAUUGCGAAAGCGACACCAGCGAGGUGUUGAGCGUCGGUAGCGAGCCGACGCCCACCAGCGUCGUCGGAAUCCGUGGUUGCGGCUCGGUCAGGUACGACCAGGAAUCGGCGAGCAGCCGUGGUGGUGAUUUUCGUGACGAGGAGAACACGAGGACAUCGGCGACACCAUCGCCUUCUAGCUCGACGAGCUGCAACGACGCGUUCUAUCAGAGGACGACUAAUCACGUCCCGGCACCCAGUCCACCGGCCUACAGUCAACCACCUUCGUCGCCCACCGCGUCCUCGGUCAGGUCGCCGGCUUCCUCCUCGGCCACCGCCUCCUCCCCGGGCCGGCCCGAGGCUAUCCAAGACGUCAUAGUGCCCAGGUAUCAGUCGAGUCAUCCGCCGCAUUUGUUACCGCGUUAUUCCUCGAGGGAGACCGAGAUCCCCGAUUACCCGGCUCGCGUCCAGCACAGUCUGAGCCACGAGAUCGUUUACCCGACCGUGGACAGGUUGCACAGGACCCCGAUCAGCGUCCCACUGGUCACCAGAUUGUCGUUGUCGCCACCGUCGGCCAUGACGGUCGCCGGCCUCCAGGCCACCACCCCUGUCCUCCAUCCAACCGCGUGCAGGGAUCCACGGGAAACGGCCUCGUUGAUGCCGCACCCGGGCCAGCAACACUUGCACCACGCCAACAGCCACGUCCACCUUCACCAGACGUCCCAGGUGCAACACGUACCCGCAAACUCGGUGCACCAGCACCGACUCUCGGUCAGCAAGAUCCUUCAGAGGGAGCCUCCCGGCAGCCCUGCCUCGCCCGGCCCGAGGGAGGAGAACGGGAGAACGAUCCACGGUGGCGCGAACGGUGUUCAGAAUAAUGGGAUCAAUAACAGUAACCACCAUAACAAUCACAACAACAACAACAACAACAACAACAACAACAACAACAACAACAAUCUGCAGCACCAGGCCGGCUUGAAGUUCAGUAUAGACAACAUAUUGAAAGCGGACUUCGGCAGGAGGAUCACGGAUCCCAUUUCGUUGAAGAAGUCGCGGCCGAAGAAGGUCAGCUCGAGGCCCAUCGACCUGACCAAGGACUUUCUAGAGUCGGCCACCGAGGCCACCGAGAAAAACAGCUCGGAAACUAGCUCGACGACCAACGCCACGUCCGGUGGCGUUACGACCGCCAAUCCUGCCUCCAACACGCCCGGACCACCUGUAACCGAUCCUGGAAAGCAGUUGCCUUGGCCUGCCUGGGUCUACUGCACCAGAUACUCGGAUCGACCUUCCUCCGGACGAAGAUCGUACCGUGUUGCAGGUCCGCGGACGAGAAGGGUGAAGAGGUCGGAUGGCCGUGGCAAUGGCGGCACCCCGGAGGAGAAACGUCCGAGGACGGCAUUUAGCGGGGAGCAACUGGCCAGGCUGAAGAGGGAGUUCGCGGAGAAUCGAUACCUGACGGAGCGGAGGAGGCAGCAGCUCUCGAGGGAUCUGGGCCUGAACGAGGCGCAAAUCAAGAUCUGGUUUCAGAACAAGAGGGCGAAGAUCAAGAAGGCGAGCGGGCAGAAGAAUCCGCUCGCCCUUCAGCUGAUGGCCCAGGGUCUUUACAAUCAUUCGACGGUUCCGUUGACGAAGGAGGAGGAGGAACAAGCGGCGGAACUUCAAGCGAAAUGACGACAAUAGGAUCGAUCGAAUGAUUGAGUUUAGGGAUAGAUAUAUAUAUAGAGAGAGAGAGAAACUCUUCGUUGAUUCGUGAUCUCGUGAGAGGGGAUGGAACUUUUGAUCGGACCGAUGAAAACGUGAAAUAAGAAAAUAAGAAUAAGAAAACCGGAGAGAUUUCCAAGGGGUGAAACGAAAGGGGUGAGAGAAUGAAUGUUAGUCUUAGAUAAUUUAAUAGGUUCCUCCUGUACAUUUCUUUCUUUUUUUUUUUUGCGAAGGAUCAUCGUUGAUUGUCCGUGACUCCAAAGAGAUCGACAUUCGUUUUUUUCGUUUCAUUGAGAUUGAGCGAUAAAUUCUUUCUUUCGGGCCGAUUUUUCAGAAAUCUUAUUUUUUCUUUUAUACACGAUGAAUAAUAUAUAAUUCUUAUUUAUCAAUCAUAAAUUAUAUUGAAUCAUUCGAAACGACAAUUUUCGGAUUAAUGCGAAAUAACUUUCGAGAAGAAUUUCUGAAUUUAACGUAUAUAAUUCAAUCUGACACUUUCAAUAUUCUCGGAAACUGAAGGAUUAAUAAAGAUCGAUUCGUUUCUCUUUUCUACGCGCGAAGGAUGCACGAUUCGAAUGGAAAAAUUCAACUGAUCGAACGUUCAAAUUUUGUCUUCUAGAGCUUCCCUUUUAAGAUGAGAUUCUCGAGAGGGAGAAUCCGCGAGCAGACGAGUUACCGGUUUCGAAUGAUGGUGAUCGUGCUCACGGUGAUCGCAACGAUAACUAUCAUUCAACGCGAAUCAUUCGAUGGCGAGGGAGGAGGAAUCAGCGCGCACGUUCCUAUGAAACGAGUAAAAAAAAAAAAAAGGAAAAUUCGUAUUUAAAAAGUGAGCGAUGAACAACGCGGACGGAAGAAUCGCCGCCGUUCGCGCGUCGCGAUUACACGUGAAUCGCUUAAGUCACGGUGAAAUGGGUUGUACAGUGCCAUUUGUACAGUUUUCUCGCGAACAAUAGAUCGAAGAAAAAAAAUAAACGAGACAGUCGACAGUUCUUUGAUAAAAGAACCAGUAUUUCGAGGCAGAGAAAAAUCUUCGCUAUGAAUGCGUGACAAGAGUGUUUGUGAGAGAGAGAGAGAGAGAGAGGGAGAGAGAGAAAGGAAGCGCGCGAAGUUAGUUUCGUUCCGUUAAUUUAUUGUAAAAAUGUAAGAUAUUCGUACAAUUGCGAUGUGCAAUAGAAGACGUUAUACAUACGAAGUAUAUGUACGAAGAGAAGAAAAAUAGAGACGACUUAUGUAUAGGUAUAUAUAUAUAUAUAUAUAUAAAUAAAAGAUUGAUAAAUCGUCGUGUAAAUAAAAUCGCAAAACUUAGCGAGAACGUCAUCUCGAUAGACUGUUUAAAAAUAACUUAGUUAUUUAUUUACCUAUGCUAAUACGGAAGGCUCGAUACAAUAUCGGGCGCUUAUACCUUGUAAGAAUUAUUUAAAGAUCAAAUUAAAUAUUCCCACUAUCAUGAGCCACGUA